GAGUUGAUCUCCUCCCCGAGUUGCACCGAUGGGUCCCAGGAAGUUUCUCUUGGCCUCCAUUACUACCGUAUCAGUUCUUCUUUACAUGUUUCCGCACGCCAGUUCGGAGUCCGUAGCCCUCCCUCCCGAAUCGGCCUAUGGCCCGGCCGCAGAGAGUCCGGACGCCGGUGCGCGGGAUCUCAGCCCAGUGCCGCCGCCGAUGGUAUUCGACGUCGACGACUACGGCGCCUCGGCCGGCGGCGACGCCACCGAGGCGUUUCUCGCGGCGUGGAAGGACGCCUGCAACUCCUCCUCCGACCCGUCCCUGCUCCUCGUGCCCGAGGGGAAGGCCUACCUCCUCAUGCCCGUCAGCUUCACCGGCCCCUGCAGGGCUACCACGAUCACGGCAAUGAUCAGGGGAACGCUGGAGGCGCCGUCGAACCGGUCGGUGUGGCUGGGCGGGGACCGGGAGCGGUGGAUCACGUUCGAGGACGUCGACAGCCUGCACGUCAUGGGCGGCGGGACGCUCAACGGGCACGGGCAGGAGUGGUGGAUCAACUCGUGCAAGGUCAACAAAUCCAUGAAAUGCGUCGCCGGCCCGACGGCCCUGUACUUCAGGAGCUGCGACCAUCUGGUGGUGGACGACCUGGAGGUGAAGGACAGCAUGCAGAUGCACGUCGUGAUCGCCAACUGCUGGAAAGCCGCCGUCUCGCGGCUGUUCGUCACCGCGCCGGGGUGGAGCCCCAACACCGACGGGAUCCACGUAUCCAACAGCAGAGAGGUGUCCAUAACCAACUGCAUCAUCAGCACAGGUGAUGACUGCAUAUCCAUUGUGUCUGGCUCUGAGUUUGUGUGGGCAUCAGGCAUAUAUUGUGGGCCGGGCCAUGGAAUAAGCAUUGGCAGCCUAGGAGCGAACAAAUCGCGGGCCCAUGUCUCUGACGUGCUGGUGGAGAAGGCCACGCUGGUGGGCACAACCAACGGUGUGCGGAUCAAAACAUGGCAGGGAGGAGAAGGGUCUGCAGAGAGGAUUAUUUUCCAAGACAUAAAGAUGUACAAUGUCACUAACCCUAUCAUCAUUGACCAGAACUACUGUGACUCCAAGAAACCAUGCUCCGAAGAGGAAUCAGCUGUUGCCAUAAGUGACAUACGCUACAACAACAUACACGGAACCAGUUCAUCGAAAGUCGCGGUGAAAUUCAUUUGCAGCAGCGCUGUCCAUUGCGAUGGCAUAGUGAUGCAAGAUGUUUCUUUGGUCGGGCAAAAAGGGGCCUACCUUAAAUGUUCCUCCGUGAACGCCAGAGUUAUAACACCAGGAUUCAACUACCCUUAUUGCACCGCGGACAUGUAGUUUGUUUUUCUAGUAGUACUACACAAGUUUUGCCCAUUUUAUACUCUGUUUUAUAGAGGGUGUUUAGCCCAGGGGUACUUUUUAGGGAGUUUUGGUAAUAUUUACUAGUCCAAAAGUACCCUCGGCACAUGGGCGGCACUAGGAGUAUUGUUGGGUCUUCAUGUGAAUACCCAUGACUUUUA